AUGGGUUUCCUGGUUCGCACAGAGAUCAAGCAGGAGCAUGAACAUGAGCCGACGGGCCUCGAGGCCCUCGACUUUAGCAUUCUCGCCGAGCUCGCGUCGAAGCGCCCAUUCGAGCACGUGGCCCAAGACAAUCACGAUGAGCGUGAGCAAGAGGCCAAGAGGCCCAAAACAGAGAACCCUACCUCGGAAGAAGAGACGUCCCUCGAAGAUGGGCUGGCGCUGCUGGUGCAGAAUGCGCUCUCCAAUGUCGGCGACCUGGUUAGCAAGUUCAGCAUCGAGGCUGGAGAGGCGCAUGGCAGCGAUCCCAUGGACGUGGACGACGCACAUGGCGCCGAUGCCCGCCCGGCUCCUGUAUCCUUCUUGUCGGAGCCGGAAAAGUACGUGCGCAUUGCCAACACGCAUGCGCUGGGGAACCUUCAGCCCAUCGAUGACAUGUCGAAGCUGGCGGGAGACGCAGAUUCGGGAUAUGGGCGCUCGUACGGACGACUAAAACGAUCCUUCGAUGCGACAUGGCAGCUCUUCUCGGAUGGCCAGGUGCUGUCCGCCGACGAGCUGGAGAUACAAGAGGCGGAAGCUCGCACCUUGUUGGAGUUGGCCAACAUUGCAAAGUUUGGGACGUGGCUGGUCGAGGGUGGCCUGGAUUCGUUUACCGCCGCCGACAGGUAUUUCGCAGCUGUUUUCCGAUGCCAGCUGUCGGACCUGUCUUCCGGGCUCUCCCAGCUUUACCUCGGAAUCCGAACCCACAAGACCAUCGAGUCGCUUCUAAUACGCAACGGAGAUGGGCCAUCAAUAGAAGAGGUGGUGCCAGAAGAGGUGGUGCAGACGAUUAUGCUGGAAGGACUGAAUGAGCCGGCAGAUGCGAGUAGCGAGCCGAUGUCGGCCUCUCAACAAGACCUCUUGACUUCAGUCAAAUCCCGAAAAGAUGUUCUUGUUGACGAGGUGAAGGCCAAGGAGCCAGCCGCUCUCAAAGAAAAGUAUCCCACCGGUGAUGUUUUGAAGAGCUUUUCAGCGCACGUGAGGACGACACUCGCCUCCAUGACGGAGAUUGGAGAGAGGCUUGGAGUCUCGGCGCUGUUGAGCGACGUUGCCAAUCAGGAGUCAAUACCGAGCGGCUCGCAUGACGGAGAACUGGACCUCGACGACCUUUCUUCAUUUUUCGAGAAGACCACCUCGGGCUUGGUGCAGAAUGCUUUGGCUGGCUUGACGGAGGAAACCCCAGUAGAAGAGCCGGCCGUGGUUGAAGUCACAGAGACGCCGACAGAGACUGUCAAUGGCGAGUCAAAGCCAGAAACAGCUGCGCCGGCGGCAGCUCAAACUAACGGGGCCAAGCUGGACCUCAUCUCAGAUUACAAGGAACUGGAGGCGCUGGUGGCGGAAAGCACGUCGAAUUAUGUCAAAACGACGCUGCAUGGCCUUUCUGCCGUUCCCUACCAACCUACAGUCCCCCAGAGCACAGCCGAGACUAUGGCUGCGCAGUCACCCUACCUGAGCCAUCUUCAUCAACACCAAUCCCAUCAUCCCUACUACACUACCUACGCAAGCCAGCCGGCUCCGGAACAGCAACCUCCUCAGCCAACCGGAUCCUCCGAUAACCUCCCACCGAACCAGACAUUCCCCAGCGCCAUUCUUUACGACAAAGCCCGACAAGCAGCGCUGUCCAAAUCAUCAGCACAUACGCGAAGAGAAGGACUGCACUCCACGCGGCGGCCUUGGACUCAGGAGGAAGAAAAGGCACUCAUGGCCGGCCUUGAUAUGGUCAAGGGCCCUCACUGGAGCCAGAUUCUGACCUUGUUUGGUCAGAAUGGAACCAUUUCCGACAUUCUAAAGGACAGGACACAGGUGCAGCUCAAGGACAAGGCACGAAACUUGAAGUUAUUCUUCUUAAAGACCAACUCAGAAAUGCCUUAUUACCUGCAAGCCGUUACGGGAGAACUCAAGACUCGAGCCCCAACCCAAGCAGCCAGAAAGGAAGCUGAGGAGAGAGCUCGAAUGAACUCUGAGGAAGAGCAGGCCAAGCUGCAGGGCAUCAUGGCGUUGGCCGGAGGACUACAACACCCGCCUCAGCAACAACAGCAGCAGCCGCAUCAGCAGCCGCGACAACAGCUCCAACAGCUCCAACAUCAAGCCAGACCACCUGUUACCGUGGCUGCUGCAGUAGGUCAGAGUGUGGUAACGCCAGCCCAGGCAGCCAGCGCAGCGCAGUCGGCAUCAUCGGCGCAGCAGCAGCAGCAGCAGCAUGCGUCACAUGUUCAUCACACGCCGACGGCAUCAAUGACGAGUACACAGCAGGCCAACGUGGCACCUAUUUCGCGUGGCGGCAUGAUAUUGCCCAACACGGCGCAGAUCAAACCCGAAAGCCAGAUGGCAGCAGUCCAGCAAGCCUCACAACCGGUCCCGCUGGCACCUCAACGACCACAGACUCAGCUCCCUCCCCAGGUCCCCAGACCUCAAUCCCAGCCGCAGCCGCAGCCGCAGUCGCAGAUGCAGAUGCAGCAACACUCGCCGCUCCAACAGCAUCAGCCUCAACAACAGCAACAGCAACAGCAACAGCAACAGCAACAGCAACAACAACAACAGCAGCAGCAGCAUCCUCAGACACCGACCCAAGCCCAGACACAUGUUCAAGCCCUGACACAGGCCCAGCCGCAUACACAGAUGCCUGCACAGACUCAAGCUCAGGCGCAAGUGCAUCAUCAACCAGUCCAACCUUCACCACAGCCGCUACAGCAACAAUACCACCAACAACCACAGUCGUCACCUCAUCCCCAGCCGUCGCACUCGCCAGCCCUCGGGCAACACCAUCAAACAACCCCAAGCCAGCCUGGGACGCCGAUCGCCUCCACGCAGCUCCAGAACGGAACGGUGGCUCAUCCUUCACCCACCCCGUCUCACCUCUCCCAGCACAUCUCGACACCCGUUCAGGCCUCGCCCGCUCCGGCCUACUCAUCUCAGCCCCAGCAGCCGUCCAUCCCCGCGCAAACAGAACUGCACAAGCUCGUGUCUGCGCCGGAGGCGACCAUGUCCCAGACGGUCGUACAAGAUGAUGAGGCGGCAGCAGAGGCCGCCUUGUUGGAAGGGUUGCAGGCUGCCGUUGCACAAGCACUGGCUUCAUAA